AUGGAUGAGGAAGUACUCGAUACACCUGUCGAGAAGACUCUUUCAUCAUGCUCAGACUGUCGACGACGAAAACUUCGUUGUGAUCGUGGCCAACCAUGCGAUAAUUGCACAAGACACGGGCGAAACUGUUCUUAUGAAAAGAUUUCGAGAACUCCUUUGACUCGGAAGCAUCUGAGUCAUGUGGAACAAGAACUUGCCAAAGCGAAAGCACUUCUCCGGCAAUAUCAAGGCGGCCAUUCACUUUCGGCGCCGUCCCCUUCGAGUCAACGUUUGGGCAAUCAGAGACUGGAACAUGCUUCUGAUUCAACCUUAGGGAACGCUCCUAACAGUCCCCGGUUGAGUUCCCAAGAUGAAUCGUCGGACAUAGCUCUUAUGGUAGGACAUGAGACGUCCGUCGUCUCUACGACAGGACCGAACGGCAUUGACGGCCGCCAACAACCUACUCAAAGCACUGCAAAUGGCAGUCGCACGAUUAGUCCGACUUUCUCUCUAGAAACAUCGCCCGCUCAUCCAGAUUUUGACUGGGAUGAACGCAUUCAGAAAACUAAUCAUGCUCAUUUCAUUGACGGUAUGGCUAGUUUGCCUGAACGAACAGCGCGAGGGUAUAUGGGAAUUGCUUCUGGUGCGGCACUUCUCAGGCUUGCUGACGAUACAGCCGAUGCCUCUCUCGAAAUCGACAACAACCAGAAUGAGGAGAACAUGCAGGAUACUCCUCCAAUACCCAAUGCUAUCUUUUCACUGUCACAGCUUGAACCUUUUGUCGAGGCAUACUUCGCCACGUAUCACAUUUCUUAUCCCAUCAUACAUGAAGCCACCUUCAGAGCACAAUUCAUGGAGGUUAUACCCCGGCCAAAGGGCAAUGCGUGGAAAGUCCUUUUGCACAUUGUUGCCGCAAUGGGUGCCUUUGCCUCUUCAGUCACGGCGCCAGAGGUUGAUUUGGCACUAUUCGAAGCUACCAAAGCACACAUGUCAAUAGACAUGUUGGAGACAGGCAACAUAAUCCUGGUGCAAGCACUCACCUUGAUUUCGAAUUAUGUUCAGAAACGAAACAAACCAAAUUCCGGCUACAACUAUUUGGGACUUGCAAAACGAAUGGCCAUGGGAAUAGGAUUGCACAAGGAAUUUCCAGCGUGGCAUUCCAAUCCCUUCAAACUCGAGACGAGACGGCGUGUUUACUGGUGUCUAUAUAUUUUCGACGUCGGAGCCACGAUUACCUUUUCGCGGCCACUGGAUCUACCAACGGAUGGUAUCGAGAUCCAACUUCCACUGAAUGUUGCCGAUAGCGAUAUCACAGUCAAUACGAAGAGAUAUCCUGCGGAGGUCCAGGAAACCACGCUGUAUACACCUGUGCGAUGUCAAGCCAAAUUCCACCUGGCAACGACGCAAAUCUAUGCGAAGUUGAUUUCGGCACCCUUUCCAUCCGCAGAGCAAAUGCUCCAAGCCGAUGAUGCUAACUUGGUGAAGUGGUUACGAGAGAUCCCUCCUUACUACCAGGAAGGCGCCGACCUACCUUCCAAAUUCCGCCUGUCUCAAUCGAUACUUCAAUGGCGCUGGCGCAAUUUCAGAAUUCUCAUGUAUCGACCCUUUUUGAUGCGCAAGUUUCUCACGAAGAAGCGAACCGUUAUAACUACAUCCCCUCACGACGAGAAUGCGAUUCAACGAUGUCUAGACGCUGCGGCAGAAUCAAUCCAAUCAAUCACCAGCUACUGGCAACAGAGUAAUCCUCAAAAUGUUUUGGCAUGUUGGUAUUCAUUGUAUUUCUUGUUCCAGGCAACGCUCAUUCCCGUCAUCUGCCUGAGGAAUGAACCACACUCAUCUCUGGCCGGUGCCUGGCGGAAUCAAGUAUUCAGCGCUCUCGAAGCCAUUUCAGACAUGUCUCGCCUCAAUUCUGCCGCCACCCGAUGCUAUAAUAUCAUCACCAAAAUAUGUGGAGCGUAUCUGGGCCAAGACAGUACUGGGCAGUGGGAAGGCCUCUCUGCGACAUCCGAAAGUCCCUUGACACAGCUCAAUGCUCUCAACACCUUCAUGUGGCCAAUGACGGAACCUCAGUACUUUUCCAAUGGUUACGACCUCGCUUUUCUGGAAUCUGUGCCGGUUGACUUUGUGAACCAGCAGUUUCAGAUGUGAUCAUGGACUAGCUUCCUUCAUGGUAAGGAGUAAGCGCCAUCGAUCACCAGAUUCGCUCCGGUCAUAUACGACGACGCGUCACUGGCCAGGAAGACAUAAGCCUAGAUAUCAUUAGCUGGCUUUCUUCACGGUGAUUUGGUACAAGCAUACCCCUUUCAGCUCAUAAGGGUCACACAAUCUUUGAGCUGGGAUCAUGCCAAACCACUUAUCGCGCCACUCCUGAGGGUGAACUGAUAGCAUAUCAGUUGCGAUGAAGCCCGGAGAUACACAAUUGACUCGGCAAAAGUCAACCCAUUCAACAGAUAGACAUUUGGCCAGCAUCACCAAACCAGAUUUUGAGCUAUUGUAAACAGACUGGCGUUGCGGGGUAUUCACCAGGAUCGCACUGACGCUGGCGGUGAAAAUGAUGUUGCCAAAGCCUUGUCGUUUGAAGAUACGACCCGCGGCUUGGGCUGUCCAGAAAGCACCGUCCAGGUUGACUUUCAUGAUCUCUCUCCAUUGGUCGACCGUUAUGUCCUCAGCUGCAUAGUGCGAGGCAAUGCCCGCGUUUGCGACGACAAUAUCCAGCUUCCCAAAGUCCUUGGCAAUUUGAUUCAACACUGCUUCAAUCGCCUCUUGGUCCUUGACUUCAGCUUGGUAUGCACGGCACUUGACGCCAUUUGCGCUUGCUAUCUCCGCCGCAACUGCUUCUGCAUCCUUGGAGGAGUUGUAAAUCACGGCAACAUCUGCACCGGCUUCGGCAAGGCCUCUCGAGACUUCCAGGCCGAUUCCUCGAGAACCACCUGUUAUAGCUGCCACUUUGCCUUUCAAGCUGAAUGCUUGAAGCACGUUUUGGUUAUCUGGCUUUGCGAGAACCAUGUUGUCAAAGAAUUUAGUGACAAGGUCUAAUGGAGUUGUCAAAGAAAAGCACUUUUACUGUUUGAUUAUUGACAUGAGAUCAAAUAGUCCGGGUUUAUUACUGUGUCUGCAAAGUUUAUGGAGUACACAGCAACUGCUAGAGCCACCUGCAACUCGUCCGCAAAGAUACUACACUUUUACUGUGCCGGCCAUGCAUUCCCGUUUUGUUCGGAGAAUGACCGCGAGACGUCUGUGACGGUACGGAGUACUCGUAGCGAAGCCUCCUAUGCAGUCAUCUUUGCCGCUGGGGGGCCCGAAUUGCGGAGACUCGGUACUGUGCCGGCAGAAAUCAUUUCGGAGGACUGUCGUCCGGAUCCCUUUUUUCACUCAUCUCACGGUCACACUCUCAAUCAUGAGAUCGUAUUUGACAAUCUUGUUCCGGAUCAGGUCUCCAUUGAUGGCGUCGUUUGUAUCAAACCUCAUUUGGCCCUUUUCCAGCGUCGGUUCGAUUCCGGCAGCCACGUGGCGCCUUGCAACUCUUUCCCGAGCCAAACAUGGUUCGACGUCGACAAAGAUCUUGAGAUCGAGGUACACAUGGAUGUCUCUCCACUUAUCUUCGUCGAGAAGGAGGUAGUUUCCGUCGAGGACGAUGAUUGAUGUCUCGGGGGAUAUCCCGAUGUCGUCGUUCCUUGGGUCCUUCUCGGCGUGGUCGAACGACGGCGCGAGUAUCGUCGGUCUGUCUGAAGGUGGUAGCCGGGCGGAAUCGGCGAGACGCUUGAUGAAUGCGACCAUGGCAUCGACGUCAAAGGUCCAAGGCGCUCCACGUCGGAUGUAUGCUUCUUUUCGGUUCGGGAGGCUGUCAAGGUAUUGUCGAGUGUAGUGAAACCCGUCCAGUGGUAUUGUUUGCGCUCGACAUUGAGCAGCAGCAGCAGCAUCUGGUGGUGGCUCUUUUCUGUUGUUGUUGUUGAUGAGGCUCACAACGGUCGCGGCGAUUGUGCUCUUUCCACAACCCGGAGGACCUGCUAUACCGACGAUGAGUCGACCAGGUGCCUUUGCACGAGCCGCGGCGUGAAUGUCGGCUGCCAAUUUUGAAUAAGUCUCAUCCAUUGUGCUAGUUAGGUAGAGAAUAUGCGCGCAAUAAGAUGGUGCUCAACCAGA